GCCUCCACUCUUAUAACUUACUUUUUUUCAUACAGCAGGUACCGUAAAUCAUUGUUUAUUGAUAGCCUAAUAGUGAUUCAUACAUGUUAACAUCGUAUUGGAAAGCUGAUGUUUUCAGAACUGAACACCCACAGCGAGACAAAGUGAUUUAGAGGGUUAAGAUUUCGACCUGGAGCCGCCACAGACUACGUAGAUCAUGUUGAGGUUUAUUCGAAAAAGAGUUCGAUCCAAAGCCUCGAAUCUAGGGGACGAUGUUGAAGUUUAUUCGAAAAGAGUUCGAUCCAAAGCCUCGGAUCACAAGGACAAUGUUGAAGUUUAUUCGAAAAGGAGGAAACAGAAACUAUACCAGAAAAGUGAAAGAAUAUUAACCAAUCAGACUCAGAGGUUGACGACUCCACUCGCGACUCUGAGAUUAGAACACUGCUCUUCGGCAGAUACCGAUCGUUGGGGAGUAGCAACAUAUUCAGUGAUUUCCCUACACCCCCUAAUUCUCAGGCGAAUGCAGUGAAUAUGAAACACUUCAAGAACGAAACUAGAUAUCUAAAGGUUUCCUGAACAAACAAAACAAAGACGCUCGUUCUUCAGAUGAUUUGCCACUAUUACAUUUUUAAUUUUCUUCUCCCGUUUGUUAUAAUGUUAAUGUCUUUUUAUUUAUCGUUUGAAUUUCAUAUUCUGUUGUCAGUACUCAUACAAGCUGCCCCUAUUACGCAGAGGCCAACACCACUAGAUAAGGUGUGGUCUAGAUUUUUCGAUCAAAGGUCAAAAAAAUUGCCCACUUGGAUUGGCGGGCCAUGUUAGUGUGAAGUUACAUAUUAUGAAAAAUAUUCAAAAAGGUGAAAAACAAUGAGCCUCGUGUCAAAAUUUAAUUUAAUCGCAAUUGAAUUAUUUCCAUCUAAAACAUCAAAAUUUGGUUUUAUUUUGGUUGUCGCGGCCCAGAUUGAUUUGGGAGCUGUAGUUUGCCCAUGUCAGCACUAGACCAAUCAUUUUGGGGUUUUCAUAAAUUCCGUGAUACCAGGUUCUCACAAUUUCCACGUUUGGGGGGUGGAUAUCCCGUUUUUUCCAGUUCUGAAUUGACGUCCAAUCUGCCAUAAAAAUCCUCGCACGAAGUGUCAUAUCUAUGUAGAAUGGCGCCCAUGACAAAGUCUAAAAUGCGCCCCCUUGAUAUUUGUUUGACAAUUUAUAACGACUAUUAUUGAAUUGAGAUACCUGUACGUAUUAUUUGAGUAAAAUACGAGUUUCAGUUAUUCCCAAUUUGAAUUUAUUUUAUUGAAACUUUAUAGGAUUGAUAUUUUCCACAGUUUUUUGUCCCUGUCACUAGCCAUGGUUGCCACACCCAAGACACGCCACUGCAUUCCCGCGAAAUAGUGAUUUAUGUCCAAUUUGCAAAGAUUUUAUCAAAUUGAUAAUAUUUUUCAUCUUCACGUUUUAUUUGAAGUUUGAAUUUAAGUCUUGUUAUUUAAACGUCCCGCCCAAUCACCCACCUCUUUAAUUUUAUAAACACCUUCCUAAAAUAAAAAGCUGGGGAACAUACUGUUUUUGCUAUGAGCAUAACUGAAGACAAGCCGUCACUGGUACGUAAGAGCUUUCCAGUAACUACCAAGCCCACUCUCAAACAAAAUUCCUGAGUCUAUUCGCCGUUAUGCCACCACAUUUUCCGUUCUUUCGUUCCAAACAAGCAUUGAAAUGUAAAAUCCCGGCACGGCAAUGUUUCUUCCAAACGCCAAAAAAACUGAUUAAUAAAUGUUCGUGAUGUUUUUAGGUACAUAUUUUUGUCUUUAGUUGUUCGUCGUUCAGUCUGUCUUUUGUAUGUAUUUCAUGCCUUCUCUUCUAAACUAGGCUCGAGAAAUACAAAAGCCCUAAGCCCUGGGUUUCUAGUUCGGUAUUGCGCCAAAUUUAACUGGGGGUGCGCAUUUUCGCAUACUCGUAGAAGAUCUAGCGCGUAGCUGCAACAAGAAAAUUUCUUGAGCUUUUUUUGCGUUUGCUCCCAACAAAAUCCCAGACAAGCAUGACAUACCCAAACUGAACAAGUUGCUCACCUUAUUUGCUAAAUUCGAGUCCAACAGGCCCUGAAACAGUAAUCUUUUGCGUUUUCAUAUAAUAUUGUUCCGUUAUUUAUCUGCUAUUUAUUUAACAUUCUUUAUUUUCAUAUGUCUUAAUGAGCAAUAUCCCCUGAAUAUGCAUUUUCACAUAUUCGCCAAAACGGCAUUGCCAACCUAAUUUGCGCCAAGUCCCAGACAAACGGGCCCAGAAACAGUAAUCAAUGGCAAUUUUAUGUUCUGUAUAAUUUUAUUCCGUUACUCAUUUGCAUUUUAUUAUAUGUCAUAAGCAGUAUUCUCUCAUUAUGCAUAUUCGCCGAAACGGCAUGCAUUGCCCACCAAGAUUGUGCUAAACUUGAUCCCAACAGUGAUAAAUAUUAUUUUAUGUUUUUGCAUUUUUAUAUAAUUUUAUAUGUCAUAUGCAGUAUUCUUCCCUCAUUAUGCAUUUUCGGCAUUGCCCACAAAAUUUGCGUUAAAUUCGAGCCCAAUAGGUUUAUGUUUUAUAUUUUGUCCCGUCAGUUACAUGUUAACGUUAUUUCGUUGCAAGUUAUUUCCAUCCCUUCACUCAGAACAAGGCUCAGUCGCGCAUAUGUAAAAGCCCUGGCCCCAAAACCGUGAUCAAUCGUACUACGAUAUGUCUUUAAAUAUUUAUAUAUAUUUUGUCCCGUUAUAAGUUAACGUUUAAAUUUUGCAAGUUAUUUCCAUCCCUUCACUCAAAACGAGGCCCGAUCGCCCAUAUGUAAAAGUCCCGACCCCAAAACUGUGAUAAAUUGCGCUAUAUGUCUUUUCAUAUAUUUUUGUUUCGUAAGUUAUUUACUCUAUGCGACCAAGUCUGAUUUAUUAGCAGUUUUUAAAUACUUCAGUGUUUAUUUUACAAUGUUUUGGUAAUCUGGUUUCCGUUAUUGAUGUGUCUUCAUUUAUUUUUGUAACUGGUAAAGUUCCUCGUAGUUUUCCUUGUUGAUGUAUGUAUGUAUGAGUGUAAACUUGUUGUACACGAAUCACACGGCAAUAAAAAUGAGAAG